AGAUACUGCUCUGGGAUUGGUCCGCAGGUCGAUUGUUUGUGAGUCUCUAGUCAUUCCGCAGCCGCUUCCUUCCCGUGCAGCAUCAUGGAUUUCCUCAUCCUGGCCGUCCUCUGUGUAGGCCUAGUAGGUAGUUUACCAGUCCCAAACUACCCCCUAUACAGCACUUACAUAACUCCCCGGUAUCUCCACCGCCCAGCCGUGUUCGCACCCCUGCCCCCACAGCAACGCACUGCGCCUGCUAGUCCUCCUCAAAAUCCUCAGGACCUUGUGAUUCACAACAUGGUCAAAUAUGUGGUCAACCCAGAGGCUGAACCUGAAGCUGCUCAACACGUGGUUCAGUACUAUUCCAAGGAUGGAUUAGGCAGAGUGGUAUUUGGCUAUGUAAUACCCAGUGAAACUCGAUUCGAGGCUCUUUCCAAUGACGGCACAGUUAGAGGAUCCUACAGCUACAAGGACCCUACCGGAAAGAUAGUCAAGAUGUACUACUGGGAUGAUGGAACUGGGUUCCAUACAAUGGGGAACAAUCUGCCCCGAGCAUUCUACUCUCCUCCCCAGUACACUCCUGAGGUACAAGUGGAGAGAGAUAGACAUUUCCAGCUGUACAAAGAUGCUCUUAAUGCAGCUUUUGCUUCUGGGUCAGGUGACGAGAUAGUGGAGCCACAGUCCCAGCCCAACAGCCCAGCAGAGAGUGUGUGCUGUAGCGGCAGAACUCGGACCAGACAGCAGACGACACUGAGGUUUAUGCCAGACUACGAUGACGACAGUGAUGCUGUAGCUAUAGAGAAUGCUGAUUUCUCUUACCUUAGACAGGCACAUGCCUUUAGGGGAGGGGAGCCAGAGGCAGCCAGGAGACAGGUGGCUGAGGUAGGUAUCAGUUCCGCAGGCAUUUGUUCAAAGUAUAAUACAAAUUUUUAUUCUGGCGUGAACCGCGGAGCAGGGGAGUAUUCGUGUCUGCAGCGCCCCCUCCCCUCUCCUACCGACCAUCUACCAGCACCCCUCCACGGCACGACGUCGUAG